AUAGUUUGUGUGAGUGUUUCGUCUUUGGAAACCCCCUGAAAAUCCACCAUAUUUCUGACGGUGGUCGUGUUAAUACUGUUGGUAUGUAAAGAUCGGAGUUUUAUUUAUUAAUUUGAUUAAAGAACUGAACUAGUUGGGGCCAGCAUUACUUUUUUCUUAGAGCUUUAUUUAAAUAAAUGAUACUGGUAGUAGCCUACCUAAAUCUGAGUGGCUGUUCUUCAAAAAGAAACAAAAACUAAAAUUUUUUAAAGAAAUUAAGAACCUUUCUAUUAUGAUCUGUACAGACUUCACGUAACGACGCUUCCAUUCCCUCUAACGUCAGCGCACGUACGUUCCAAACCGCGUACGGGCCCAGUCCAGCUUGCUAAUGUUCGGAUUAGAUGUUUAGCAUUUACUCUCUAUGGUGGUCCUGCUUUUAUCACAGGAGGCGGAAUUUCCCUGCUUCGCUUUUUCCCUGGCGUGAGGUGGGCUGAGCUCCCUGCUGCUCGAGCCACACCCUCCUUCCUUGCGUUGUUGUUGUUGUUUUUACCAACGCUUGUGCGCUGUGGCUCGUACUGUCAUCCUCUCGUGCCGAGAGCUGGCCCGCCGCGUGCAUGCAGCAGAAUGGCUCGAGCGGUUCCAACACUUCUGAUGGCAGCAGCCGGGAGCGCCAGUCUCCCUCCCGCAGCCCGCUGCCCUCCGCUACUACACGGGUAAGACGGUUCAUUCAGGAGCGCCGGACGCUGCCUCUUCCCAGAGUGAUGGUGGUAUUCUCGGGUGCGGGGGACGCAGACAAACCGGGCGAUGCCAUGUCAAAUACGGACCCUACGGAGGACGAUAUCCGAAAGCCGGCCUCCCCCUCACCGAAUCGCACCCUGAACAAGCCUCCCCACUCCUCGUCAAACACCCAGGAGCAGGAGUUUCCAGAGGUCAUCUCUCUGAACGUCGGGGGCACAUUCUUCACCACUCGCUUGUCCACGUUGCGGCGAUACGAGGACACCAUGUUGGCGGCCAUGUUCAGUGGGCGUCAUUACAUCCCGCGAGAUGCUGAGGGACGCUACUUUAUUGAUCGGGAUGGAGCUUAUUUUGGAGACAUCCUGAACUUCCUGCGGGAAGGUGAGCUUCCCCAUCGGGACCGAGUACGAGCAGUGCACAGGGAGGCUCAGUACUACUCCAUCGGCCCACUGCUGGACAGGAUGGAGGACAUCCAGCCGCUCACAGGAGAGAAAGUCAGACAAGCUUUCCUCGAUCUGCUGCCCUACUACAAAGACAAUCUGGAACGCAUUGUGGAGAUUGCCAAACUGAGGGCCAUGCAAAAAAAAGCUCGAUUUGCCAAGCUGAAGAUCUGUGUCUACAAGGAGGAGAUGCCCAUCACGCCAUACGAGCGUCCUCUUUUUAACUCUCUGCGCUUCGAGCGCUCGGACAGCGAGGCCAAGCUCUUUGAGCAUCACUGCGAGGUGGACGUUUCCUUCGGGCCGUGGGAGGCUGUUGCUGACGUUUAUGACCUGCUGCACUGCAUCGUCAGCGACCUGGCCGAGCGUGGCAUCGCUGCUGAGCAGCAGUGCAUCGGCGUCUGCGACAAGCACCUCAUCAACCAUUACUACUGCAAGAGGCCCAUCUACGAGUUUAAGAUCACGUGGUGGUGAGGCUCGAAGGAGACGGUCGAGGCCGAUCGGACCAAAACACAAACGGAUGGAUGUUUUACUUUAAUAGAACUUGGUCAAUAUUGAUUUUUGUAUUGAAGUUGCCAAUAUUUUGUGCUGAUGUCUUAAAAUGUUACCCUUUAAAUCAUGCUGCAAGUAUUGUUCCCUCAAAAAUAUUUUCUGUCUCGUCAAAGUGAAGCAAAAAACAAAGCUGAAAAUCCUGUUUCUGCUGACCUCAUCGUGAUGAUGUCAUGUGCAGCUGCUCUUCGAUACCUCAUGCCAUCACUCACUUCUGACCGCAGCCGUCCAUCAGAAAGAUUCAUGGAGACGUCAGUCAAACUCUGAAGUUUAUAGACAAAUUCAUUGACUUUUAUUUAAUUUUAAUUUGUUUGUUUAUUUAUUUUUUUUGGCCUUAAACAUCAUAAACAUCUUCUCUGCUGUGUUUGCUCUGGUCACAGAGCCAAAUACACAUUUAUCCAGGAGAGAGAAGAAAAGAAAAUAUCCAGCUAAGCACAAAUAACAUGAGUGAAGGCCACCUUUGCUGCAGGAUGAUUGUUUUUUCUUGUUUUUGGAUGGUUUAAAAGCUUGACUGACAGACGACAGCAGAGAUGAACCCAUCUACAGACUAGAAUGCCAAGCAGAAAGAUCUUUACUUGGUUUUAGUUUCAGGCACACUUCAUCUUUAGCCACAGUUCUGUUUAUGGUAAUACUCAGAACCCAGUACAGAAGUACAUUCAAAAAAUUAUUUUUCUAGUCCCAGCUAUGCAAAUACAGCGAGAGUGAAAGGCAGCUACUGUUGCUGGCUGAUUAAAACUGAAGCUUACCUGUUCUGACACAUAACAGGGACAGC